AUCAGGGCAUUUCUCGCAUACACAAAAUUCGCAUACUGUACAGUGUGAACGCACUGCCUACUCAAUUCAGAGGCGGGUUUAGUACGAGUAGUCGGAGUAGUAGGCCAUUUCGGACACAGCCAAUGACUCAGCACUCUGCACUGGAGCUCAAGGACUUGUAUCACCUUCCCAAACCUGACUUCACUCAAGCCAAUCAGGUACUCACACACCUGGUGCUGCUCUGGACUGAUUUCCUCCUACAACUCAAAGAAUGACCACAGUGAACUGCCUUUCACACCAGAUGGUGAUCAUGCAGUCCACACCCUGGCUCUCACAUGCACCAGUUUCUGCAAGAUGGAGAAACAAGAUGGAGAUGGAGAGGCUCUGACAUCACAAUGACAUGUAGAAUGUGAUGUCACACGAUGACAUCACAUUCUACAUGUGAUGACAUCACAUUCUAGCUUGAUCCUUUGAUCUUCAAAGGAAUGUGAUGUGAUGUCACACGAUGACAUCACAUGUAGAAGGAGGUAUUAAAGGCAGCCGCACACUUGUUGGCAAGAGUCAGGUAGGAGCUACUACAGAGACGAACAACAGUUUAGAGCAGUCGACUGAAGACUUUCAUCAGAAGAACCAUGUCCAGAGCAAUUGCACCUGAAUUUGUGGGACCGCUGGCCUGCCGGCCCAUGGCACCACUUCAACAGGAGCUUGCCAGUGCUCGCGCUGAGAUUAUAAAUCUUAGAAACGAGCAAAGUGGUGAACAGGCGGCAUGGAUGCGUGAGAGGGUAAAGCUGGGCUACAGAAUUCACAACGGGAAGUACAAAGUGAACCGUCUGGAGGGACUCAUUGACGUCAGAGAAAAUGGAUUCAAGGAAGAACUCCAGAGUAAUGUCCAGACUAUUGAAAGGAUGGAGGCUGAGAUCCAACGCCUCAACAGCAGCCUCAAAUUAAAAGACGAGCAGGUGGAGCUUAUCCAGCACCUGCAGAAGGAGCAGGAAGAGAAGAUGUGGGCUCAACUUAAGGAGGAGAGACAGAAAGUUCAUGAGCUCCGAGAACAGCUUUUUCAGGCGUCUCAGGAGAACCUGAAGGCUGUCUCUCUGAGCAAGAACAAUGAAACAAUGUUGAGGCUCACAAAACAGCAGCUUGAGCAGAGGGACAACCACAUCAUGGAGCUGAGGAGGGAGAAAGAGGGUGUCACUCAAAGACUCAUUGAGACCACAACUCAGCUGCAAAACAAUGAGAAACAAAGGAAAGACCUGGAGGAGGAGAACCAGAUCCUGAAGACCAGAGUCAGUGAGCUGGAGAAAAGGAAUAAAGAUCUGGUGGGAAAGGAGGAGACUCUGACCUUCAGAGUUGAAGAGGCCGAGACGGCAAAAGAAAGAGUGAUUGAGAAGGAAAAGACUCUGACAGACAGAAUUCAAGAGUUAGAGGAGGAGAAGAGGGAGCUGACUCAUCUUGUCUCUCUAAAGAAAAGACGCUUCCUGUCCAGAGUCUUUCAAAAGGAGACAGAGGAGGAGAAAACCCUCCGAAAACAACUUAAAGAGAAGAAGAAGGAAUUAAGGCAGCUGAGAGAAAGAGAAAAAGCGGAGGAAAGAGAACAAGAAGAAGAGCAAAGAGAACAAGAGGAAAGAGAACAUGAAGAGGAGAAAACCAAAAACCAAGACAGGGGGGAAAAGAGAGUCAAAAAAGGUCUUUGGACUUUGAGAAAGAAGAAAAACAGAGACACCCAGGUGGAGGAGGUUCCUAACCUUGACCCUUUCACCCCAACCCUCUGA